AUGAUGUGUCAAAUAUUGAAGACAAUGUAGAACUCAAAAUAACAGGAGAGAAUUUAGGAGAUACAGUGGUAAAAAUAUUACAAGAAUUAGGAUUAAAUUUAGACAACUGUGUAGGUAUUGGGACUGAUGGUUGUUCUGUUAUGGUUUCUGAAGUUCGUGGUGCUGUGCAACAAAUAAAAAAAUAUGCCAAAAAUGCCAAAAAUGCCAUACAUAGCCCGUUCUCUAAUCAUGCAUUGAACCUCAGUAUUGCUAAAUCAUCUGCUGUUCAAUCUGUACGAAACUGUGUAGGAAUUAUAAAAGAAGUUGAUUCCUUUUUUCAUGUAUCUGCUAAAUAUACUUUAACUGAUUUAUCUGAAUGGAAUGAAAAUAUUUCUUCUUCAAAAGCCAAAAUGAUGAUAGCAGCUAUUUGUAAUUGUGACUUUAUUAUAUCAAUUUUUUCAUUAUCAAGUUUAUUAGCUGUAACAUUUCCUAUAAGCAAAAUAUUGCAAGGUAAAGAUCAAGAUAUUAUUUCAGCAUCAGAAUGUAUUAAAUAUAUAUACACAAUUAUUGAAAGGAACCGUAAGGAAUGUGAAGACAAAUUUAAAUUAUUGUUUAAAGAAUGUGAACUGAUUUUAAGAGAACUUAAUGUUGAUAUGAGAUUACCAAGAAUUACUUCGCGUCAAAAACAUAGACCAAACUUAUUACCAUCAAACAAUAUUGUUGAUUACUAUAGAGUUAAUAUUUAUAUACCUCUAUUGGACAAUAUAUUAGAAGAUUUAAACUUUCUAUUUUUGAGCAAGGAAAAUAAAAAUAUUGUAUCAUUAAUGCAGCUUACACCAAAGUAUCUUAUUAAAAUAAAAAAUGAAGACUUGCAUAAUUAUUUGUCAACAAUUUCUGAAAUUAUGACUGGAAAUUAUACAUAUUUUCAAGCUUCAUCAAAAGAUAUAAUACAAAAUGAAUUAGAUUUAUGGUUUACUAAAUGGAAGAGACAUGAAUAUGAAAGAGAAAAUAUUCCAAAUAAUGGUUUAGAAGCUCUAAUUUCGUGUCCGGAAUCAGUGUUUCCAAAUAUUCAUUAUAUUCUUAAUAUUAUUUGUUCACUACCUAUUAGUGUUGCUUCAGCAGAACGAAGCUUUUCUACGCUUAGAAGGUACCUAUUAUAA